CUUUCCUUUCAACUCACUAAUAACAAUUCUAUUUGCUCUUCAUCUCGUUGCUCGAUCAACUUACUAGUAAAAGCUCAGUCUCCAACCUCUAAAAUCAGUAAAGUUUUAAUAAUGUCCUCUCCGUUAAAUGCAAUCAAAAUACGCAGGAAGAAAAAUGUUAAAAAAGGUAUUCAGUUUUGUCUAAUGGUUUGCGGUGCUUCCGGGACUGGCCGAACAACAUUUGUGAAUACCCUCUGUGGUAAAAAAGUUUUGUCCGGAAAAGAUGCCGAUGAUGCAGCCAACGCCCAUUUAGAAGAGGGAGUAAGAAUAAAACCUAUCACAGUCGAGCUUGAACUUGAUGAAGAAGGAACCAGAAUCUCCCUUACCAUCGUCGACACCCCCGGAUUCGGAGACCAGAUUGACAAUGAGGUCAGUUUUAGUGAAAUUGUUGGGUAUCUAGAGCGACAGUACGAUGAUAUUCUAGCCGAAGAAUCACGCAUAAAGCGAAAUCCAAGAUUUCGUGAUAAUCGCGUGCAUGCACUACUCUACUUCAUCACUCCAACGGGACAUGGCCUCCGUGAGCUCGACAUAGAGUUAAUGAAACGGCUCUCACCCCGUGUCAAUGUUAUCCCGGUCAUCGGAAAAGCCGAUUCCCUAACCCCCGCCGAAUUAGCUGAAUCAAAAAAGCUUGUGAUGGAGGAUGUUGAAAAUUACCGUAUUCAGGUUUAUAACUUUCCAUAUGACAUCGAAGAAGAUGACGAAGAUACCGUUGAGGAAAACGCCGAGCUGAGAGGACUAAUGCCAUUUGCUAUCGUUGGAUCAGAGGAGGUUGUUGAUAUAGGAGGCCGUAAGGUUAGAGCCCGACAAUAUCCAUGGGGAGUCGUCGAAGUGGACAAUCCAAGGCAUUCAGACUUUCUUGCUAUUCGGAGUGCACUUCUGCACAGCCAUCUGGCAGAUCUAAAGGAGAUAACACACGAUUUCUUAUAUGAAAACUAUCGAACGGAGAAACUUAGCAAGAGUGUGGAGGGUGGAGCUGGAGCGGAUUCUUCUAUGAAUCCUGAAGACUUAGCCUCUCAAUCUGUUAGGUUGAAAGAAGAGCAACUUCGACGAGAAGAGGAGAAACUUCGGGAGAUUGAGGUUAAAGUUCAACGAGAAAUAAAUGAGAAGAGACAGGAAUUAUUGGCUCGUGAAAGCCAGCUCAAAGAAAUUGAGGCAAGAAUGCAGCGUGAGCAGAUCAGUCACAUGGAUUCUACGAAUGGAGGAACCGAUCUAGAUGGUUAA